UACCUUAUUUUUUGCUUUUCGGUGCUACUAUUCUUCUUCUUCUUCUUCUUUUAUGGGUUUUUUUUGCUUUUUUCUUCUUUGCUUUAAACCUGUUUUGACCGUUGCUUUCUCUCUCUAACCCCCACAACGUCUCUCUGUUUUCUUCUACUCUCUCUCUCACACAGUCACACACUUGGCAUUCAUCACAAACUCCCACUUGGGUUAUUCUGUCUUCUUCAUCUUCUUAUUGCCAGUUUGCAGGUUUCCAUAUGAAUCUGGUGACCAUAUUAAGAGGACUUAAUCUCCUUUCCUGUUUUGAUUCGGGACUGAAAAAUUCUUAGGCUUUUAGAAGAGAAGAGAGAUAAAAAGUGUAAUUUUGAGAGAGAUGGGAUGUUCUUCAUCCAAGUUGGAUGAUGAAGAAGCUGUUCAACUUUGUAAAGAUCGAAAGAAGUUUAUUAAACAAGCAGUGGAACAGAGGAUGCGAUUUGCUUCUGGACACUUGGCUUAUAUCCAUGCCAUGGAAAGAGUUUCCGCUGCUCUUCGAGAUUAUGUUGAAGUCGAUGAACCUCGUGAAUUUUCGCUAGAUUCUUUUAAAACUCCACCCUUUACACCUGUUAAGAAAGUAAGUCCUGGUUUCAUCUCUAUAGAACCAAAAUCCUUUUCCAUAACUCACUUGAAGCCUGAACCAAAACCCAAAUCUACUAUAAAAAUAAAUUAUCUUAGGUCAGGUGGGAAUCCUGCUGUUUCUGUUGAAGAAAGACCUCGGUCACCCGAAACAGUUAGAAUCCAGGCUUACUCCCCAGUGCAUCAAUAUGGGAUGGAUAGUUUCUUUUCUAUGCAAUCCUCACCGAUGAACCCUUCGAUUUUUCAAUAUUCCCCCAACAACAGGCCUAAUUUGCCUCCCCCUUCACCACAAACAUCACAGUGGGAUUUUUUUUGGAAUCCAUUUUCUUCCCUUGAUUAUUAUGGUUAUCCUAUGAGAAACAACAACCUUGAGCAGACAAUUCUCGAUGACGACAAUGAUGGGCUAAGACAAGUUAGGGAGCAAGAAGGAAUUCCUGAACUAGAAGAGGAAACAGAGGUAGAAGAGACUGAUCAUGGAGAGGAUGUGACAGAGGAUAGGACCAAAGGAGUUCACAGUUGUGAUAAAGAUGAAGUUAUGGUGGAAGAUGUCGACGACGAUGACGAUGAUGAUGAUAGCGAUGAAGAAGAAACCGACGAUGAACAUGAAAACGUUCCCCAUAUUCAAGAAUUACUAUCUAAGCCCAACCAAACCACAGCAGUGGCAAAGACACAGAAUGUAGGGCAACUCAGCAAUAAGGAGACAGCAGUUGCUGAUCCUGAAGCAAAAGAGGAAACACCUGGAUUUACUGUUUAUGUAAAUAAAAGGCCUACAAGCAUGUCAGAAGUUAUUAAGGAUCUUGAAAGUCAGUUUAUGAUUGCUUGUAAUUCUGCUAAAGAGGUGUCAACUGUUUUAGAAGCUAUCAGGGCUCAGUACUCAUUGCAAUCGAGUGAUCAGUCAGCGAUGAAAAUGUUGAAUCCAGUAGCUCUGUUUCGCUCAGGAUCAUCAAGAUCAUCCUCGUCGAGAUUUUUGAUUAAUCCUUCAACUUUAAGAGAUGAGGGUUAUCAGAGCAGUAGUGACUUAUCCGAUGAAUCUAGCAUGCUCUCAAGCAGUCAUCAAUCAACCUUGGAUAGAUUAUAUGCCUGGGAGAAAAAACUAUAUGAGGAAGUCAGGGCAGGUGAGCGGAUCCGGCUAGCGUAUGAGAAAAAAGUGGCUCAACUCAGAAAUCUAGAUGUGAAUGGAGCAGACCCUUCGUCUGUGGAUAAAACGAGAGCAGCCAUUAGGAAUCUGGAUACUCAGAUAAAGGUUUCAAUCCACUCUGUUGAAUCUAUCUCGAGAAGGAUUGAAACUUUAAGGGAUGAAGAAUUGCAACCUCAGCUUUUAGAAUUAGUGCAAGGGUUAGGAAGAAUGUGGAAGGUUAUGACAGAGUGCCACCAAAUGCAAAAGCAUACUCUAGAUGAAGCCAAGCUCUUGCUAGCUGGCACACCUUCAAAGAAAUCCGGAAUAAGGAAGUACACAGUCAUGUCACCUUCUGAGCCUCAUAGGCUAGCCCGUUCUGCUGCUAACCUUGAGACGGAGCUCAGAAAUUGGAGAGCCUGUUUCGAGUCAUGGAUCGUUUCUCAACGAUCAUACUUGCAUGCUUUAGCAGGCUGGCUUUUGCGCUGUGCUCGUUCAGAUUCUGACACAUCAAAAUUUCCCUUCUCUCCUCGUCGUUCCACGGGAGCUCCACCAAUAUUCAGCAUUUGCAUCCAGUGGUCCAGGUUAUUAGACUCCAUCCGGGAGACACCAGUGCUUGAAGGACUAGAUUUUUUCGCAGCAGGCGUAGGUUCACUCUAUGCACAACAACUAAAGGAAGAUUCCCGCCGGACUCCUGGUGGGUCAAAGAGUCUCGGUGGAGAAUCUGAUGGGAACAACAUGGACAUCGUGGAAGUUGGACAGCUUGAUGAGGACAUAAUGACAGCAGAAAAGAUGGCAGAGGUUGCCAUUAGAGUGCUAUGUGCAGGAAUGUCAGUUGCUUUGAGCUCACUGACAGAGUUUGCCAUAGCUUCAGCUGAUGGAUAUACUGAUCUGGUAAAGAAUUGUGAGAAUAUCAAACAGCCACAAAAUGCAGUAUAAUUUUACAUUAAAAAUAUAUUAGGUUAGGUAGGAAGGAAUGCAAUGUAAAUUAUAUGUUGAGUAACUUGAGCCAUAGAGGUGCCUUAUCCAAUCUGGGCUACUGAUUAUGCAGAAUACAGAAGGAAAAGAAAGCUAUAUAGAGGUACCUUGAUAUAUCUAUAUAUAUUAGUUUCAAUCUGAGCUUCUGAUUAUGCAGAACACAGAAGGAAUAGAAAGUGCAAGUUGCUUUAUAUUAAUCAAGCAAUAUGAUUCA